UGUUUACGGCAUGGAACUUUUACGGCUGCUUCUUCUUCCUAUUUAAUUUGAAGUAGUCCCACAUAAAGCAAAAGCAAAAAAUCCUUACUAUCAACUCAAAACAAAAUGGACACUACUCCGGCGAGGUUCAUGUUGAGCUACGGUGGCGAGAUCAAGCCCCGCGACGGCCACCACCACCGCUCCUCCUAUGCUGGCGGCGUCCACAAGAUGUUCCACGUUGACGGCAACAUAAACUUCGACGAUAUGACCGCCAAGCUCUCCUUACUCAAGGGCGGCGAUGCUGUAACCUCCUUUAAGUAUCUCAUCCCCGGCGACGACCUCGAUACCCUGGUCACUGUCGACAACGAGAUGGACCUCAGUAACCUUAUGAGCGAAUACGAUCUGCACUGCCACGGUUCCGGUUGGCUCGCCCCGAUGAGGAUCUUUCUCGACACCGUCGAACAAGGCGGCGUCGCUGUUGUUCCUCAGGCACCUGUUCCGCCGAGUGCCUCUGACGAGGAUCGCGUGAACAUGGAGCUGGAGGGUCAGUUGGAGCAGCAGUGGGGGCGCGUUUCGGGUCGCGCGUCGUUCUCUUUGCCCGGACCGUUAACUCUUGCAUCGGCGCUCUUCUUACUCGUUGCCCUGAUUCUUCUUGUUUUGCUACCGAUGGCACUUCUCAUACUUCAAAACUAUUCAAUUAAGAACGCAAUGACCGAGAUCAGGAGCACAGAACCUCCUCGCGACAGGCUUAUUCAAUUCGAGAAGUCCAUCAAUCAAUUACCUGAAGUACUGCAGGUCCCCGCUAGGGAUACCAUUGAAAUGGUGUUGCAUGAUAAAAAGGGUAGCAGAAUACAUGCUUCUCUCCCAAAGGCAUUGGUCAAGAAGUUUUGUCCAGUUGCUAAAAUCAUACAAAAUGGCAAUAUAGAUGACAAGGAACUCAUUGAUAUAAUUGUUGAGGUGGUUGGAAACAAGGGAAGACAAAUUGUCUUUACUUUUGAGGAUUUGGACAAAAAUAGGGUGACCUGUAUUUUGUUUGGAACACUGGUGGAUCAUAUUUUUCCCCACCUUGAUUCAAUUGGUCCUGCACCACUCAUUGUUGAGAGGGCUAAAAGUUUCUUAGACAAGGUGCAUGUUCAGAGCAGUUACUAUGCAUCAAAGCUCCAUGUGAACGUCUACAUAAAAGAAGUUGUGGAUUCCAAAAAUAGGUUGGGGAGUACUUGCCAGAUUACUUCGCAGUAUAUAAGUCAUCUCUCAUCUCAACCUAGCUAUUCCGAGAGUGAUGAGAUUAAUGGCGGAUUAGUAAGAUUGAAGUCAAUAGAGGAGCUUCUGAAUUGUGCAAAUGAGGGUUCUUAUUGGAUUCUGGCUAGCAUAGUGCGUUUGGAUGUUGAAAAAGAUGAUUGGUUUUACAAGGGAUGUACCAGAUGUCCCCGGAAGCUAGAAGGUGCUGAACCAUCUUAUUGCAAGAAAUGUGAUCAAGCGGAUUCCAAUCCUCUUCUACGGUUUAGGUUUCAAGUGAUAGUGUCUGAUGGCACUGGAAGAAUAAUAUUAUUGGUUCUGUGGGAUAGGGAAACCCUGCAAAUUGUUGGGAAGACAGCAACAGAGAUAAAAGAAAACUUUUUUGAUGAUGAUGAUGCAGAUACAAAGCUUCUGAUUAAAGUUGCUGUGUCAUCAAGGAACAUUAACGGUUAUGAUGAUGUCUAUAAUGUUAUGAGGAUAUCCGAUGAUGAACAAUUGAUUGCAAAAUUUGGCCGUAAUGCUGCUGAUUCAGUUGAUGAUGAGUUUCAUACAACUUCUAGUUAGAAGACUCCAGCAAAGUGUGCAUCUUGAAUUGGGCCCUAAUAAUUAGCUGUCAAGAAACAAGGUGAAGAGACUGAAACUAAAUAAAGACAAGUCAUUCUAUGUUAUGAGUGAUUAGUGUUGUUAGUAUUACUCUUUGUUGUAGAAUAUUGGAGAUGUUAUUUGUAAUCUAGUUAUUUCACUCAUCAGUUGUACUGUGGUUAACUUCACCUUUUGUUGUUGUAUGUGUCUUUUAAUUUGGUCCAAGCUAUCUUUGGAAGACCAAUAUUGUAAUAAUGUCUAUUCAGGUUGUGUUAACUUUUGUAGUAUCUAUCGGUGU